GGAAGUCCGAGCAAGAAAUACUGCAGCGGCAGUGGGUUGGUGGCGUCGGAGUGGUGCGCUUCCACGUGGAGCAUCGUGGUGAGGGUCGGGGACUAAAAGCAGGCGGCAGCGGGGAGAGGCGCCCUUUUCCAGCCGCGCGGGCCUCAGCCUACUCUGCUUCCUCGGUUAGUGUUGGAUGUGUGCGCUGCAAGAUGGACAAUGCCCUGCUCUCAGGCUCGGACUCGGAUUCUGAAGAUUCUUUCGUCACUGACAAGGAGUUGCAGGAUGCGUUUUCUCGAGGGCUCCUGAAGCCAGGCCUUAAUGCUGUGCUGGAGGCUCCGAAAAAAGCGGUGAACGACGUGAAUGGCCUGAAGCAGUGUUUGACAGAAUUCAAGCGGGAUCUGGAAUGGGUUGAAAGGCUUGAUGUCACCCUCGGUCCGGUGCCAGAAGUCAGUGGACCUCAGUCAACACCUCAGAACAAGGAUCAGAAAGCUGUCGAUCCAGAAGAUGACUUCCAGCGGGAAAUGAGCUUCUACCGGCAGGCCCAGGCUGCAGUGCUUGCAGUAUUACCCCGCCUCCAUCAGCUCAAAGUCCCUACUAAGCGGCCCACUGAUUAUUUUGCAGAGAUGGCCAAGUCCGAUCAGCAGAUGCAGAAGAUUCGACAGAAGCUGCAGGCAAAACAGGCCGCCAUGGAGAAAUCGGAAAAGGCUAAGCAACUUCGAGCACUUAGGAAAUACGGAAAGAAGGUGCAAACAGAGGUUCUUCAGAAGAGGCAGCGGGAGAAAGCACACAUGAUGCAUGCCAUUAAGAAGUAUCAGAAAGGCUUCUCAGACAAACUGGACUUCCUUGACGGUGAUCAGAAACCCGUGGCACGAGGCUCGAAAGAAGGCGCUAAAGGCCAGCCGACGCGGAAGGGUCCCAAUGCCAAACGUCGCUAUAAAAACCAGAAGUUUGGUUUCGGUGGUAAGAAGAAAGGCUCCAAGUGGAACACUCGGGAAAGCUAUGAUGAUGUGUCCAGCUUCCGGGCCAGGAAAGCUCAUGGCAAGGGCCUCGCCAGGCCUGGAAAGAAAGGACCAAAUAAAAGACCUGGAAAAAGGACGAGAGAGAAAAUGAAGAGCAGAACACGCUAAGCAGCAUCUCCCAGAAAAAGGACGAAGACUUGGGAUUUCACAAUACAUUGGAUCCCUUAUGUUGGUUUCUUUUUGUAAAAAAUAUUUUCACUAAAUUAAAAAAUGUUGAAACAUAUACCCUUCGAUGAAAACUCAGGACUAAAAGAUUUAGAAGUUACUUUUACAUGUUAACUGAUAAUUCUAUUUAUUGAUAAUAAUUUAGACAUUGAGUCCAAAUUGUUAUCCUUUUAUGAUAGAUGAAGAUUUAAUGCCCCCAUUCCUCUCCCUCAUCCUCCCAUAUAGUUAUCUCAUUACUUUAAAUAAAUCAAUAAUCAGUGUUUAUAUCAUUAAUAUCCUUUAAACAGCCAUCGUUGGAGAGCUAGAUGAAAUGUGAUGUUUACUUUGUGGCACAGUUUUUGUUUUUUUCUUGGGUUGUUGCCUUACAUUUUUCUGAGAGCCCAGUUUUCCUUCCAUGUCAUUAUAUUUCCUUAGAUGUUUCA